AUCUGUCCUUCUAUUCAGAAUUUCAUUCCUCAAGUUAACUCCAUGUCAGACCAGCUGACCAUGAGGAUGAAUCUGCCCAGCGAGCUGACCUCAAAGCUGAAUGUGCCUGGAGGCCAAGAAAUCAUCAUCGAUUAUUCUGUGACCGGAGACGUGAGAGUGAGCGCCAACAGCCUCGAUAUUCCUUUCAGAGGUUUUGUGUCCACGCCGGGCAGCAACGUUGACCCUGAUUCAAUCAGAAAAGGUGAAGAUCCUGUUUUCACACAGACUGACCAGAUGGCUUAUGUGGGUAUCUCUGAGUUCUUCUUGAACAGCGCCACCACAUCGCUCCACAGGGCCGGGGCCAUGAGCAUGACUGACCAGGUGACGCAGCCAAUUUGGUGGGGUUUUCUGAAAUUUCUGCAAGUGUUUACGCAUCCGUUUGACCUGAUGAAUCCGAUGUCCAGUGAAGUGGUCGUUGUCGAGGUUCCUGAGAUCAGCAUCACUCAGGAUAAAGGAGUGAUUCUCAAAGUCCCGAAAGUCAUCUACAAAUGCACUGCAGGGCAGGACGUUCUGUCAGUGGAGGCG